AUGCCCGGGCCGUGUGCACUGCCGCUGCCUCCCCCGGGCGGGGCGGUGGGGGACAGGGCCCAGCUCAGACUCGGAGCCCCCCAGCCUGGCGCCCCCUGCUCCGCCCCAGCCGAGGCCGGCCCCACCCCCGCCUCUGGGCCAGCGGGCAGCCAGGGGCCCUGCGGGGAGGGACAGGCCCAGCCCUGGGGCGUCCACGUAAGGGGCCCUGGUUGUUUGGUCUUUAAUUCCAGGUCCCCUCGGAGCGUGGGCCUGGGGGGGUGUGAAUCUCCGAGAGCGGCUGCGCUUCCAGACUUUUCCCUGGAUCAUCUCACAGGACUAGAGCCCCCGGGAUCCCCCCAGGGCUUCUCAGGGCAGCCUCUGGGGUCUCACGGGUGCCGGUGCCCACAGCCGCCCGCACCGUCGGACCCCCAGGCGGGCUCGCGGCGCCCUGCACAGCAGGAGGACGUCACCCCUCCCCAUGCGGGGCCCAGGCAGGUGCUGCCGGCUGUUCCCGAAGAUGCAGACUUCUCCCCCAGACAGCACGCAUGGACACCCUGCUCGGGGCACACGUCUGCUUCCGAGGACACGAGGACACGAGCGUCCCCCGCCUCAGCCCCCAGCACAGCCGACGUCUGUCCUGGGCUGUGUCCCCCAGGCCUGAGGACUCAGUCCCUUUGGCCCAGGCGAACCUGGGAGCCGGCGUCCUUCCCUGGGGAGCCCCUGGGUGGAGGUGCAGAGGUUGAGGACCAGGUCCAGCCCCUGCCUGACCCCAGCGUGGCUGGGGCAGCUGACCCACCCGCCUCGCAGGACCUCGGGGCUGAAGACCAAGGCUGGGGUGCAGGUCCCCUGCAGGGACUGGGCUCAGGCCUGGCUGCACCCUGGGCCCUCCCCCCUCGCCAAGGGGCCUCCAGCUCCACCGGCCAGUGUGAACCAGCUGCAGAGCCCGGAGCACCCUCAGCUUUCUAGUCUUGACAUGUAAACUGAAAAAGGGAAGAUUAAUUUGCUUUUUGUUCUUUUCUUUCUUUUUUCUUUUUGGUCAUUAAUGUGACAAAAAGGGGCAAA